AGGGGGGUUGGGCGGGGAAUGGCGAGAGCGCGGCCGGCGCCCUGCCCCGGGGGCGCGAGCGGCUCCGGGGGCGCUCAGUGACAGCGGCCGCCUGCGGGCCUGGGCCCAGCCAGGCGCAGCGGCGCGGGGAGCCGAGGGGCCGGAGGAAGGGAGGCGGGCGGGCGAGGCCGGGCCGGGAGGGGACGGGACGCGAGUGGCGCGGUUGGAGCUCCCCUAGCCGGGGGCCGGACCAUGCGGAGGAGCGGCGGCGGCGGACGGCCCCCGAGGCCUGGCUGAGCCCCGGCCGCCGGGCGUCCUGCUCCUCCUCAGCCCGCCGCCGGCCCCUCGCUCUCUCGCCGCCGCCGCCCAGUCCUGCCCUCGCUUGUUGGGGCUCCGAGGGAGGCCGCCCACCCCCAGCAUGAGCGCCCCCGCCGCCCGGCCGGGGCCCGGGCCCACCGCCGCCGCUCGUGCCGCCGGGGAGACGCCGCGGCCGGGCCUGGGGGCCCUGCGGGGCUGACCGGCCUCCUGCCCGCCGCCUUCCGCCCUGCAGCCAGCCACCCCCAGCCGGGCUUCAUGCCCCCCGCCCAGCACGCCCAGCAUGGAGGUGGUGGGGGACUUCGAGUACAGCAAAAAAGACCUCGUCGGGCACGGAGCCUUCGCCGUGGUCUUCAAAGGCCGGCAUCGCAAGAAAACUGAUUGGGAAGUAGCUAUAAAAAGCAUCAAUAAAAAAAAUUUGUCAAAAUCACAAAUACUUCUUGGAAAGGAAAUCAAGAUCUUAAAGGAACUUCAGCAUGAAAAUAUUGUGGCUCUCUAUGAUGUCCAGGAAUUGCCCAACUCUGUUUUUCUGGUGAUGGAGUAUUGCAAUGGUGGAGACUUGGCAGAUUAUUUACAAGCUAAAGGAACUCUCAGUGAAGACACCAUCAGAGUGUUUCUGCAUCAGAUUGCAGCUGCCAUGCGAAUUCUACAUAGUAAAGGAAUAAUUCACAGGGAUCUUAAGCCACAGAACAUCUUACUGUCUUACGCCAGUCGCAGAAAAUCAAGUGUCAGUGGCAUUCGUAUCAAAAUAGCGGACUUUGGUUUUGCUCGUUACCUGCAUAGUAACAUGAUGGCUGCCACACUGUGUGGAUCUCCUAUGUAUAUGGCUCCCGAAGUUAUUAUGUCUCAGCACUAUGAUGCCAAGGCUGACUUGUGGAGCAUUGGAACUGUGAUCUACCAGUGCCUGGUUGGAAAGCCCCCUUUUCAGGCCAAUAGUCCACAAGACUUGAGAUGUUUUAUGAAAAGAACAGAAUCAUUAAUAUAUAAUAUCCCCAGAGAAACAUCACCAUAUUUGGCGAAUCUUCUCUUGGGUUUGCUUCAGAGAAAUCAGAAGGACAGAAUGGACUUUGAAGCAUUUUUUAGUCAUCCUUUUCUUGAACAAGUUCCAGUAAAAAAAGCCUGCCCAGUGCCUGUGCCCAUCUAUGCCGGUUCAGUUUCUGGCAGUUCUUGUGGUAGCUCUCCAUCUUGCCGCUUUGCUUCUCCACCCUCCCUUCCAGAUAUGCAGCACAUUCAGGAAGACAACUUAUCUUCCCCACCCUUGGGUCCUCCUAACUAUCUACAGGUAUCUAAAGACUCUGCCAGUACGAGUAGUAAGAACUCUUCCUGUGACACAGACGACUUUGUUUUGGUUCCACAUAACAUCUCGUCAGAGCACUCGUAUGAUAUGCCCUAUGGGAACUGCUGGACAGACGGGUCUUCAAGCGAGUUCUUGGUGUGUGGAGGAGGACCGUGUCAGCCCUCUCCGUCACCGCACAGUGAAACAGCCCCUAUUCCAGUGCCUACUCAAUUAAGGAAUUAUCAGCGGAUUGAGCAGAACCUCUCCUCGGCCAGCCCUGGGACAGUCCCCCAUGGGUCUCCAAGAUCUGCAGUGGUGCGGAGAUAAACCAGCCCUUUGGGCUUUCUGAAGAUGGGUUCCUGCUCUCCAGUACCUGCAGACACAGUGCAGGACUGCGGCGGCGGAGGCUGUCUACAGGCUCCUCCAAGGCCAUACAUCCCUUCUCCAUUAGUUGGCACCAUCCCUGAACAGCUUGACUGCUGUUGUGGACAGCUCAGGCUCAUGAUUCAAGGCAGCAGAAAUUCUUCAGGUUCUCCGGUACCACCAUCACAGACACCGCAGUCUCUUUUGUUGGGUGCUAGACUUCAGAGUGCCCCGACGCUCACUGAUAUCUACCAGAACAAACAAAAACUUCGAAAGCAGCAUUCUGACCCUGUGUGCCCGUCCCAUGCAGCAUUUGGUUAUAGCUACUCACCACAGCCAAGUAGGCCAGUCAGCCUUGGGACCUCCCCCACCAAGCACACGGGAUCUUCUCCUAGGAGCUCUGAUUGGCUAUUUAAAACUCCUUUACCAACAAUCAUUGGCUCUCCCACUAAGGCCACAGCUCCUUCCAAGAUCCCUAAAACCCAAGCAUCUUCCAAUUUGCUAGCCUUGGUUACUCGUCAGGGACCAACAGACAUGCCAGCUAAAGAUGUGAGUGACCCACGAGAGUUCUCACAUUUUCUCUCAGCCCAAGGAAGUGAAAGGCAGGUGGCUGCCUCACACAGCAAGACCACAUUUGGCAGAUCCGUAAGUACAGGGAAAUUGUCAGAUCAACAAGUGAAGACACCCUUAGGUGGGCAGCUGUAUCAGGGCAGCACAGACAGCCUCAACACAGAACGACCGAUGGAUACAGCUCCUCUGGGGGCAUGUGGCGUUGUUCUGGGACCUCCUGGGGCCACCGGGGCAAGUUCUAGGGCUGUGAUGUUCACAGUAGGCUCUCCUCCCAAUACUGCUGCGCCUCCUACUUGUACCCAGAUGGUUCUUCGUACAAGGACAACCUCAGUUGGAUCAAACAGUUCUGGCGGGUCUCUCUGCUCCACCAGUGGCCGUGUCUAUAUGGGCUCCCCUCCUGGCAUUUAUAUGGGUUCUUCUCCUCCGGGAGCAGAGGCAGCGCCAAGCCUGAAGUACACACCUUAUGGGACAUCGCCUCCCAGCCUGGAGGGCUUUAUCACUUUUGAAGCUCCAGAACUUCCAGAGGAAACUCUCAUGGAGAGAGAGCACACAGACACACUGCGCCAUCUGAACACAAUGCUGACCUUCACUGAAUGCGUGUUGGAUCUGACAGCCAUCAGGGGAGGGAACCCAGAGCUGUGCACGUCAGCAGUAUCACUGUAUCAGAUCCAGGAGAGCGUGGUGGUGGAUCAGAUCAGCCAGCUGAGCAAAGACUGGGGACAAGUAGAACAGCUGGUGUUGUACAUGAAAGCGGCCCAGCUGCUCGCGUCAUCUUUGCAUCUUGCCAAAGCCCAGAUCAAAUCAGGGAAACUGAAUCCGUCUACGGCUGUCAAACAAGUUGUCAAAAAUCUGAAUGAGAGAUAUAAAUUCUGUAUUGCCAUGUGCAAGAAACUCACAGAAAAGCUGAAUCGCUUCUUCUCUGACAAGCAAAGAUUCAUUGAUGAAAUCAACAGCGUGACUGCAGAGAAGCUCAUCUACAAUUGUGCUGUGGAAAUGGUGCAGUCAGCAGCCCUUGAUGAGAUGUUUCAGCAGACGGAAGAUAUCGUGUAUCGCUACCACAAGGCCGCUCUUCUUUUGGAAGGCUUAACCAAGAUCCUGCAGGACCCUGCAGAUAUUGAAAAUGUACACAAAUAUAAAUCUAGCAUUGAAAGAAGGCUGUCUGCACUCUGCUAUGGUGCCGUGACUGUCUAUGAGCCCUAGCCUCUCCCAUGGGCCGAGCGGCAGUGACAUCAGGGAGGAUUGGUGACCACCAAAGAGCAUGCCAUUGAUGCAGAGGAGAACAACAGCCCCUACGCUCGUGUUGUUUGUAGGAAUUAUCUGCCGCAUGGAGAAGCCCCCCUUUCCUUUUCCUCGAUCAGAAGCCAGAGUGAAAGACUCCCUGGGAUUCAGUCACAACUUGGUAAGUGUGCCUCGGACCGAGUGAUGCAUCAGGGCAGCUCGGGGAAUAGAGAAUGCUCCCCCAGCCCCAGCAGUGGGGCAGAUGCUGCUGCAGGCGGAGUCUCCUUCCAGGUUUGCCUUUCAGACUGCCAGCAAGUGCCCGAGGCGUAAAGUGGGAAACUCCAGCCUGGCCUGGGCAGAUCUGACCCUUGGGGUGAGCGCGCAUCUGGAAAGAAUAAACAGCUUUGAGACGAAGGGAUGAAAAGUUUGACCCUUGGAAGAAAUUGUGCCCCCCUCUGGCUUCCUAGAUUUGAUCUGACAUGGCUAUGGCCGGCUCUCCUUCCAGCAGAUUUCAUGUUGCACUAAUUUACUAAAGCAAUUGUACUGGACUUUGCAGAACUAUUAAUUUAACACCAGAUAAGGCACAAUGGACUUACUCCAAAAAAGUUUCAUUUUAUUGUAAAUAAAUCCUUUGCGGAAUUUCAAAUGUAACUUCUAGGAGACUUUUAAACAGAUUGUACAAACAUAUUCAUGUGAACCUUUGCCUUUUUUUACCUAUUUGUCUACAGCUACCAAUUUUUUCAGUAAUGGAAAUGUUUUGAGUUCCUGGUUGUUUUUGCUUUUCCUAUAUAAGGCUUGGUUGCAGUUUUUUGUUGUGCAUGCAGAAUGUGCAUUAAUUAGCACCUGUGAUCUCAAGGGUGUGUAAAAAGCGCUCUCCAUCUACAGCUUCUGGGGCAGUAUUAGAACCAAUGGUGGAAUUAAGAGAGGCUCUCAAAAAACGUUAAGGCCCCAACCAAGGUUGGUCAUCUAGAGGCUUGUUAGUGAUGUGGGGUUUCUGCAUCAAGUUCAUGAAAAAUCCGGUUGUUUUUUCUUAAGAAAUGGGGUGGGCACUUUUCAUUUCAAGCUCAAUUCUUGCAGCUUACCAAAUAGCAAGGCCUGGAGUGUUUGGGCAAGCUCCCCGGAGACUCCUCUGGAAAUGGUUCUGAUAUUGUAUUUUAUUUUGUUUUGGUUACUUAACUGCUUGAAUACUUGAAUAAACCAUUCUCCAGAGCAAAAUCAUCUUAAUCCUUUUAGAUAACGUGGUCUGGACUCUUUGACAAAGUUGUACAGUAGCUUGGGCCUCACUAGUAUUGUAGUGGACUGAUAAAAACCGUGAGUUUCUCUUUGCUUUGACAAAGUAAUGGCAUUUUUACCUUAUUUAUCUGUAUGAAAUUCCAGCAGUUAAUUUGAACGUUUAUUUCUAUAACGUUUGUAUUUUUAGGUCUUUAAUACAGUGUUUCUACCUCUCAUUUGUAACAGCAUGCAUUCUUCUGGAAACUAGGGAAUAACUCACUGAACUGUCGUGAGAGCCUUUUUAUUAUCGCCUGUAUAAAUGUAUAUUAAGGUAAAAUAAACUGACAACGGUUUCUAGGUGCA